AGAACAUGGUGAGUUGUUCGUCGUCGAACGAUGCACGCGCCUUCAGCCUGCCAGAGCCGAUCUAUGGCCGACCAGUGCGGCCGUUGGGGACGCCCACCCGCGCGUUGUGCGCGCCCCAUGCCAGUGACUCGCUCGAGUACAAAAUGCAGGGGUAAACUCCUCACCAGCACCCGCCUUCCCCCCGCCCGGCAUGCCCUCCCUCGGCGACCAGCUGACUGCAGCCCUCAAGUCUCGCGACGAGCGACUCAUCCGGCGGCGCCUCCCCGACCCGCAGGCGGACGACGGCCUCGCGGACUUCUCCACGAACGACUACCUCUCUUUCGCGACCUCAUCCGUACUCCGAAAACGGUUCCUCGAGAAGCUCACCGCUGCCCCGAAUGUCCUCGGCUCAGGUGGCUCGCGCCUGCUCGUGAACGGUCCUGCGCACGCGGCCCUCGAGGCGCGCCUUGCACGGUUCUUCGCCGCCCCCACUGCAUUGCUCUUCAACUCCGGCUUCGACGCGAACGUUGGGUUCUUCUCGGCUGUACCACAACCGGGGGACGCGAUCGUGUUUGACGAGCAUAUCCAUGCAUCCGUGCACGAUGGGAUGCGCGGGUCGCGCAUCGAGCCAUCGAUGCGGCGGGCGUUCGCGCACAACUCGGUCGACGCGCUGCGGAACGUGCUGGAGCGGCUGAUCGAGGAAUACCCCGACUUGCAGACCGGCGGACGGAGCGCCUUCCUUGCGGUCGAGACGCUGUAUAGCAUGGACGGGACGAUCUGUCCACUCGCAGAGAUGGUGGAGGUGAUGGAAGAUUCCCUGCCGUGCGGGAAUGGGUAUGUCGUGGUCGACGAGGCGCAUGCGACGGGGUUAUAUGGGCCGCAAGGGCGAGGGCUGGUCGCGCUGCUGGGCCUGGAGAACAGGGUGCUCGCACGGCUGCAUACGUUCGGGAAAGCGUUGGCAGGGACGGGAGCUGUCUUGCUCACGACCCCGCUGAUCCGAGACUACCUCCUCAAUUAUGCCCGAUCACUGAUCUAUACGACCUCGCUGAGCUAUGCGAACAUCAUCUCCGUUGACUGUUCCUUCGACCUCCUCGAGGACGGCACAGCAGCCCAGCUCGCAAACGAACUGUACGACAGAAUCGACCACUUCCUCGCUCUCAUCCGUCCCCACCUCUGCACCAUCCCACUCUCCAUUCUUGCGCUCCCCCCACACCUCGCCCUUCCACUUCGCCCCUCUUCCCCUCCCCACCGCACGUUGCUAUCACCGAUCAUCCCUAUCCUGACACCAUACGCGCGCCCACUCUCCGCCCACCUGCGGGGCCUAGGCCUGAACGCACGGCCUAUCGUGUGGCCGACCGUGCCGAAGGGUCGCGACCGCGUGCGCGUGUGUUUGCAUGCAGGAAACUCGAGGAAGGAGGUGGAGAGACUUGUGAGUGGGUUGGUUGGGUGGGCGGAGAGGUGGCAGAGGGAGAAUGCGAGACUGGGCGAGGAUAAGGGCGAAGUGGUAGCAGCGAAGCUGUAGAGUGGGCGGAAGUCGGAGGCGAUGAGAACUUCAAAAGCCUCGAGACCGGGGCCAACGCUGUAUGCGGCAGGUUUGCCGUCGAGGCCCAUUGCAGCUCCGGGAGACUUUAAUCCUGUAGGGCUUCGAUCUCUUGCGCGCUUGUCUGCAGGA